AGAUUCUUUACGACGACGAUGUUUCUUCUUCUUGUCCGUAGCACGAACAGAUUUCUGUGCUUUACCAGAUUUUUUGACAGCUUUACCAGUGCUUGGUGGGGCCAUUGUUGCAAAUUUGUUGUGGAAAUUCAAGUUGUUGAUCGAAAUAACCAAACAAACAGAAUAAUGAUUUUUGCCGUCCAUGUUCGACUUAUAUACGAUUCUAAGUGGUGUACGGAGCACGAGCCAAUCACAUUUCAAGAAAGGAGGAGCUAAAAAAUUUGGCGCGUUUUUGCUACGUACACCACUUUUCGAGUGAAACACGGAGUAUUUAAGCCAAAUCAUUGCAAUACAUUUCUAACAUUCGAAAUUUUUUUUUGUUUCGCUAUUCAUUUGCUCAUUCACUUCAAAUCAAAUCGAAUUUACAAUGUCUGGACGUGGUAAAGGCGGUAAAGUCAAGACCAAAGCCAAGUCUCGUUCAUCCCGAGCUGGUCUUCAAUUUCCGGUUGGUCGUAUCCAUCGUUUGUUGCGUAAAGGCAAUUACGCUGAACGUGUUGGCGCUGGUGCUCCAGUCUAUCUUGCUGCCGUUCUUGAAUAUUUGGCCGCAGAAGUUCUGGAAUUGGCCGGUAAUGCAGCCCGUGAUAACAAGAAAACCCGUAUCAUUCCUCGUCACCUUCAAUUGGCCAUCCGUAACGAUGAGGAAUUGAACAAAUUGUUGAGUGGUGUGACCAUUGCCCAAGGUGGUGUGUUGCCCAACAUUCAAGCCGUGUUGUUGCCAAAGAAAACUGAAAAAACUGCUUAAUUUCAUUUACAUUUAAUUUCAUUUUCAUCAUAUAAAACGGUCCUUUUAAGGACCACAUUUCAUUUACCGAAUUCGAGCAUUUUUUUGUAUAAUAAAAUUUUCAUUUCGUAAAUAA